AUGUUCAAGAAGAAGGCCGAGGAGUUUCACAAGUGGGAGACAUUUUGGUAUAAUCAGGUGUAUGCGACUGGCGGGUUUGAGACGAGUGGGGUGACGGCGCAGCGGGUGGCGCAUAAUGGGCGGAUUGCGCGGUUUGAGAGUGACUUGUUGGAUUUGGCAAGGGAUCCCGGGGAUAAGGGGGUGCAUGGUGUACGUUUGGUUGAUGUUUUCUUUUCUCUUUGCCCUUUUCACUACCACUUCCCCUUCUCCACUCCCCCUCUCGAUCCUGAACACAAACCCCACCCCAAAGCCACCAGCAACAAAACUAACCCUCCCCCGCUCCCCCUCUCACAGCUCCCCAACCGCGAACAAUACAAACACGCCAUCUUCGCGCCCGACGCCCACAACGGCCUCGACACUCUCGUCUUCCCCUUUAUCCGCGAGCCCAUUGAACAGCGCGACUGGGAUCUCGCAGCCAAAAUGGUCCGGAAAACAGCAGAUAUUUUGAAUCGUGCCAUGGGGCGGUUGGAGUCGGGAUAG